AUGAGUCAAAAACUCCAAAUCAUGGAGGAUUUGGACCUGUUACCUCGUAUGUGUAGCUUGUUAGUCGAAAAAUCCAUGGCCGAAAGUGGCAUGGGGAGACACAAUUUUGAUAUAGAUAUCCUCAAAGAAACCCUCUGCGCUCAGCAACAGUUGCUGCAGAAGCUUUACAAUGAGUUGGAAGCAGAGAGAGAGGCCUCUUCUUCUGCUGCCAGUGAAGCUUUGUCUAUGAUAUUGCGCCUACAAGGAGAAAAAGCUGCUGUGCAAAUGGAAGCAGAGCAAUACAAAAGAUUGGCAGAGGAAAAAAUGGGAUAUGCAGAGGAAUCAUUAGCAAUUUUUGAAGAUAUUAUGUAUCAGAAAGAUAUGGAGAUGGCAGCUUUGGAUUCUCAAGUGCAGGCUUACAGGUAUAAGCUAUUAAGCAUGGGUUGUGAAGAUCCAGGAAUUGGUGAAACAACGUCUCCAGAAAACCUCUUACAAAGAAAUGAAUCUUUUGUAGGGGAAACGAAUUUGAAAAGGAUCGGAAGGAGAAAUUCUGCACCCCUCCUAACUUUGAUAUCAUGCAUGAGGAAAGGUGUGACUGAGAGAGAGAGUUGUUUAAGCCCCAAAACGGAUCUGGUUCAUAAGACAGUCGAAGAUUGCACAGCACAGGACAUGAAUGAAUCGAGUUCUGAUUGGGAGAAAAAGACAGAUAAUUCUAAUAUGGGAGACAUCAACUCAUAUCUGGAGCAGAUCAGAAAGUUAGAUGGUCGUGUUAAAGAGAUAGCAGGAGUUAGCUAUGCAAACUUACAAAGUUCAACGAGGUCUCCUUCACCGCUUUCACAAAGCUCUGGAAACCCCUAUGAUCUGACAAGAGAACCAACAGCAUAUGACAUGGAUAAGGUCAAACAUCCAGGAAAUGUGAAGGAAAGUGAAAUAACAACUGAAUGUCCUUGUUCCCCAGGUGUCCUUGAUGUCUUUGAAGUCCCCCAGGUGGAAGAGAGUUAUGAUGAUUGCCAAUUGAAGAGAAAAAAUCAGAAGAAGAUGGUUUUGCAAGAUGAGAACAAGGUUGAAAAACCAGAUGCCGUUUCUGAGGAGAUUGUUAAGCCAUACAUUCAAGAACAAGAAAGUGACUGGCUACAGAAAGUGCUAAAAUCUUCCCAGCAACAGAAAACAUUUUGUAAACCAAGUAGUGCCAUUGAAGUUGAUUGCAACUUUGCAACGGUUCAUCCUAUUGGAAAAGUUUCUAUAUCUCAACCGUUGCUGCAACAGUUCAAUCAGACUUCAGAAAUAGUUGAGAUUGAUAGACAGGCUGGUAGACUAGUAUCUGCAGACAGAGAGGAAGAACGGAAACUAUUGAAAGAGAUAAGAGAGAAGCUGAAUUCAAUAGAGUGUGAGAUCAGAAGUUGGAAAGUUAAGGAGUCUUCACAUAGAGAUGAGGUACCGAUUGCCACCCUUGCAGAGGCAAUGCUUCAUUUUUGGCUCUGAACCAGCAAUAUGACCACUUUCUUUCCAGUAAGAGGAUCAAAGUUGUCAGAUUCUUGCUUCCAGAAUUGUUGAUGGUUGUUUACAUGGAUUGACAUGAAUAGUUUGAUUGCAGUGUGACUUGAUCUUUUGCAAAGUUUAAGGCCAUGCAUAUUGUGAACAGCGUAUAUACUUGUAUGCUAACACAGUAGUGGAAAAGUGUGUUUUCUUCUGUCUGCACAUCCGACAUUUCUGUAUCCAAGAUCUUUGAAGAAUAAGUUAAUCUUCAUUGUACAUUAAGUGUAUAUAUCUAUAUACAUACACAGGCAUUCAAUCAUUUUCUAGAUAAUCCUUAUGCUAAUAUAUUUUA